GGGACAGCGGGACUCGAGAGCAGCGCGGGGGGGAGCAGGCGGAGAAUUUGGGGGCGACUGAAGGGGACAGGAGUGGGCACCUACGGGGCAGGUGAGACCCGCGGGACACAGGUGAGACCCCUGAGCUGCCUCCGCUGUCCCUGGACCCCUCCGGGCAGGGAGGAGCUGGCACAGGACAGAUCCGGAAGCGGUUCCACCUUAAGGUCCCGUCCGGGUGCGGGACCCCGGCUGCCCCCCGUGGGCACCCCCCGUUUCUUUUUCCUUCCUUGGGCUUUUUUUGGGCCCCCAAAAGGGCGGGGGAGAGGCUGAACCCGGGGAUAAAUCAUUCCCGCUCCUCUAUGCCCGGUGAAGGCUCCGUCCGGGAACGACGAGUCUCCUCCCAGGCGGAGACAAUGAUGUUAAAAAAGAAAAGAAACGGAAAAAAAAAAACAAAAAAACCAAAAAACAAAAACCCAAAAAAUUCCUAAACACAACAAGCCAAAAAAAAAAAAAAAAAAAAAGAAUACAACUCCUCCUUUGCACUCCUCUGGAUAAGGAAAUCCCUGCCCAUCGGACUUGUCCUCCAGGGGUGGAUAAAUAGCCGGGAACGGGGUGCAGCCGGGGCACGGAGUGGUUGGGUGGUCGUGGUCAGAGCGGGGGCUUCAUUUCCCCGGGGAGAGGUGUUGAGGAGGCAGAGAUCAGCAGGGUUUUUUUUGGGGGGCUCUGUUUAUCUCACCAUGGCUUUCAGCCAGCUGAAAUUCAAGGAACUGGGCGAGGAGGAGCCCACCUGGGAGGAGGAGAACCUGGACAGCGUGAAGGCACUGACGGCCAAGCUGAAGCUGCAGACGCGCAGACCCUCGUACCUGGAGUGGGAAGCUCGGGUGAGGGGGCAGCGCUGGGGUGCUCGGAGCCCCGGGGACACCUGGGGGACACCACAAAACCCCGGGCGCCCCGAGGAGCAGCAGGAUGGUGGCGUUUGUGGCUUUGCCACCGUGGAGGCGGCUCUGGAGUGGCUCAGGACGGAGCUGCGGGACAUGCAGGCUCUGGACCAGCGGCUGGCACAGCAGCUGAUGCGGCUGCGGGCGCGGCUGCACCGGCUCAAGGUGGAGCAAGCUUGCCACCAGCACAAGGAGAUGCUGGACGACGCCACCUUCGGCCUCGAGGGCUGCGAGGAAGACUCGGAUCUGCUCUGCACCAUCCCCCCCAAGGCCGCCUUCCUGCUCUCCACGCCGCUCAAGCACAUCGGAGUCACCCGCAUGAACAUCAACUCCCGGCGCUUCUCCCUCUGCUGAGCCAGCCCCGCGGGCAGCCCGGCGGGGUUUGGGGCUCAAAGAUCCCUCCCCAAAUCUCUCAGGACUCGGGGCAGGCGGUGCUGCUCCACCGGGGUGAUGCCAUGCUGUGGUGGCCCGGGAAUGGCACGGGAAUGGCACGGGAAUGGCACGGGAGUGACCUGGGAAUGACACUGGAAUGGCACGGGAAUGGCCUGGGAGUGACACUGGAAUGGCCCGGGAAUGGCACUGGAAUGGCACUGGAAUGGCACGGGAAUUGUACGGGAGUGGCACGGGAGUGACCUGGGAAUGGCCUGGGAAUGGCAUUGGAAUGGCACGGGAAUGGCACGGGAGUGACCUGGGAAUGGCACAGGAAUGGCUCUGGAAUGGUUUUGGGCCCUGGCCAUGGAGGUGGUGGGGUCAAUCCCGGUGGGAAUGUGGGGAGCAACCC